AAGAAAAUAAUACCUUAAACCAAAGAUUUAUUAGUCAACAAUUAAGAAGAGAAUAUAAGCAAGCAAAAAGAGCAUAUAUUUCAUUAAAUAAUGAAAUUAAUGAAACUUCUGUAAAUCAGAGAUCUAUUGCAUAA